AUGGUCUUCACUAAUCCUCACCAACCUUGCUACAUUCAAUUUUUCGUAAAUGGAAACCCAUCCGUAGGUCUGCGAACGGGAAUCAAUUUAGGGAAUAUAAAAUAUAUUUGCCAGCAAGUUAAUGGUCUAGUUUAUUACGCAACGAUGUUUGACGAAAGGCAAGGCAUUGCUGUGUUCUCAGCCUAUGUAUUGACACCAACAAACGUGAAUUUCAACACCAAUAAUCUUCAACGCACGCCAUCCUAGAGGCGAUCACAAGGUAAAUACACGGAAGUUAAAUGUAAAGUUGAUAUUGGUCGUAAGUAGGUCUCUCUCCCUGACCCCCGCUCCUAUCACCACAUUUUCUGAUUUUCCCGCAAAAUGUGCUUUUUUUUUUUUCUUUUUAUGUCUGUUCGUUCCUCCGGUCGUCCAUACGUGUGUCUAUCUGCCUUUCCACAUGUCAGUCUCUCUGUCUGCCGUCUGAGCGUCUGUCUGUCUCUCCAUUUGUCCAUCUGUCUGUCUGCUGUACGAGUGUCUGCUUACUGUGUCUGUCUGCUGUCUGAGUGCCUGUCUGUCUCUCCAUUUAUCCAUUUGUCUGUCUGCUAUCUGAAGAGGUUGGGUUUUUGUAUGUCGGAAAGACCUUGACGAUACGUAAUUACACUGUUUCCUGACCGUCCCUUACUCCUCUGACAAAUAGAGACUCGAAAUCGUCUGUCUUUGCGGCCAUCUAGCAGUCCGAUUGUCUCGCUAUUGGUAGGUCUUUGUAAGUCCUUCUCUAGGUCCGUCCGUUGGUAUUUUCUCCAUACAACUGUUCGUCUGUGCUGCCUUUCUGACUGCAUGAUGGCGUCUGUUGAAGAACUAAACUAAUCAGUAACUGUAUCCUCACAUUCAAGGUAUAGGCACACAAGGAAGCACUGCAAUAUAUCAAACUCAGGGUCAGCAAAUCGACAAAGGUCACCUCGUCCCUGGGGCCACAUACUCCAGCACUAGAGACAGCGCUUGUUCCACUUAUGUCUACACCAACGCUGUACCCCAAUAUCGUGCCUUCAACCGCGGCUUAUGGGCUCAGUUUGAGGCGAGGGUACGAGCGUUCGCUCCCCAAUGCACGGGCAAUGGCGGACGUUUGUACCUGUUGACAGGUACCUCGUUCCUUCAAAACACCACUCAAGGAGUGAACACACCUCCUGUGGUCCAGUUGGGUCCAGCAGGGAGGCGCAACGUUUGUCCAGCGAUAUCUAUUCCAAAUUCGAUGCGGACCACUGGCUGUUGUGUGCUUCCAAAUGGGGUGCGAAGCUUUGCAGUGUUUGGGAACAACGUACCAAACGCAGCGCAGAGCUUGACUCAGCAAAUGUCCGUUGCAUCACUAGAAAACAUUUUAUUGCGAGAUGUUCUGCAUCACGCCAUGGUGGGACAACCGUUCAGCCUCUUUCCC